UCUAUACUUUUAUACCUCUUUUAUUAGUAGGUUUUGAUGAUCUCUCUCUCUCUAUAAGCUUCCUCCUUUCCAUCAAUCUCCUCUCCUCCCCACCAUGACAGACCCCUACUCCAAUUUCUUCGAAGGAAUUUACAACUUCAACCCUUUCUUCCAGCAUCUCAGCUCCUCCAAUCCCCACCCACCAUCAUAUAACACCCACCCUCAUCUUCCAUCCUCACCACCCUCUCCACCUCUAAGAGAAGCUCUCCCACUCCUCAGCUUUUCUCCUAUAAGACAUAGAGAAGAAGAAGAACAAGAAGUGGAGGAAGAUGAUGAAGAAGAAGAAGAAGAGCCCUCAUGUAAUGCUAUGGAAGAAGGUGAAGGAAAUGAAGAAAGUAGUGUUACUGUGGCCCUACAUAUAGGGCUCCCUACACCCAGUGAAGCUGAUCUCAUCUCUGCUAGGGUAGGGAAAGAGGAAGGAGAAGGUCUUGUUUCAGGGAACUACCCUACAACCACUCUCAACAAGGGUCAGUACUGGAUCCCUACCCCUUCUCAGAUUCUCAUUGGCCCUACACAGUUCUCAUGUCCUGUUUGCUUCAAGACCUUCAACAGAUACAACAAUAUGCAGAUGCAUAUGUGGGGGCAUGGAUCUCAAUAUAGGAAAGGGCCUGAAUCUCUACGAGGCACUCAGCCCACAGCCAUGCUUAGGCUUCCUUGCUAUUGCUGUGCACCUGGGUGCAGGAACAACAUAGAUCACCCAAGAUCAAAGCCACUGAAGGAUUUCAGAACCCUUCAGACCCACUACAAGAGGAAACAUGGAAUCAAGCCCUUCAUGUGUCGGAAAUGCGGCAAGGCCUUUGCGGUGAGGGGCGACUGGAGAACACAUGAGAAGAACUGUGGGAAGCUGUGGUACUGCAUCUGCGGGUCUGAUUUUAAGCACAAGAGAUCUCUCAAGGACCACAUUAAAGCCUUUGGCCGCGGCCAUGCAGCUUAUGGGAUCAACUGCUGCUUUGAAGAAGAUGAACCUGCUUCUGAAAUCGAACAAGAUGAAUCAUCACACUGAUGAAAAGAGAUGAGUUAUGUUCGACCUAAACUAGUGGGUUUCAUCCUAAGUAACAACCCUUCUAAUAUCUACUUAAUUAACUUUGUGGGUGACUUUUUUUGUGUUUUUUUUUGGGUCUAAAGUACUAAACCAAAAUACAACAAUGUCAGACUCAUUUCGUGUAAAUCCAGUUUGCUUUCAUCUCAUGUCAAUGGAAUGUGGAUGGAUGCCUUUGCCUUUACCUUCCUUCUUUGAUACAAUGCCAUUGAUGAACCGUCUCUCUCUCUUUUUUUUUUCGCUUUCUUUCUUUCUUUCUUUUUUUACUUUAUUUAUUUAUUUUUUUAAUGAACUGUCAUCUACUCCUCUCUCCAUAAUCCUUUGCUAGUCUCUCAUCUUUAUCAUUUUCUUUCAACGAUAAACUCGAUCCUCUAAGCAAAAAGCCGAUGAGGUUAUAGUCUUAUUAAUGAAUUUAAAGCUCAUAUCUUUGAAUGGCUUCAUUUCUUACAUUUCUAACCUUUUUCUCUCUUCUGAAGGAGUUAAAGCUUACCAACACAUGUAGAAAGAAUCAGUAAGAAAGAAAAUUGUCAAGAUAAGAGGGUUCUCAUUAAUUUGAUAUUUCCAAUUUAAUUUCCUAUUUAUCUCUUUUUUAGUCUUGCCUAACUUUCAUUUGUAACUUAAUCUCUUCUCUUACAUGUAUUUGGAAAUAAUUACUGGAUAAGAUUCUAGAUGGCAGAUUUAUUCUA